AUGUCUAAUAUGAAUGUUGAUUCUGAGCAAACCAUUGAUGAGGGCUUGUAUUCUCGUCAGCUCUACGUUUUAGGCCAUGAGGCCAUGAAAAAGAUGAGUGUUGCUCAUGUCUUAGUUGUUGGCCUCAAGGGUCUUGGUGUGGAGAUUGCCAAAAACGUUGUUUUAGCUGGUGUCAAGAGUGUCACUCUCUGGGAUCCUGCACCUGCUGAAAUCACAGACUUAUCUGCUCAGUUCUAUUUAACAGAACAAGAUGUUGGCCAACCUCGUGCCAAGGUCACUCAACCCAAAUUGGCUGAAUUGAACCAAUAUGUCCCUGUUCAUCUCUUGGAAGGUGAAUUGACUGAAGAAGUGCUCAAGAAAUACAAGGUGGUUGUCAUUACUGAAAUGCCACUAUCCAAGCAAUUGGCCAUCUCUGAAAUUUGCCACGCCAACAACAUUCACUUUAUCUCUACUGAAGUGCGUGGUCUCUUUGGUCGUAUUUUCAAUGAUUUUGGAUCCAAGUUUGAAAUUAUCGAUACUACUGGUGAAGAGCCAUUGCACGGUAUGAUUGCCAACGUUUCCAAGGAGGAAGAGGGCAUCGUUACUUGUUUGGAUGAAGUGCGUCAUGGUUUAGAAGAUGGCGACUAUGUUACUUUCAAGGAGAUUCAAGGCAUGACUGAAUUGAACGAUAUUACACCUCGCAAAGUCAAGGUAUUCGGUCCUUACAGUUUCAGCAUUGGCGAUACCUCCUCAUUCGGUGACUACACCAAUGGCGGUCUCUUCACACAAGUCAAGAUGCCUAAAUACGUUGAUUUCAAGUCUUUCAAUGAAUCACUCACCCAGCCCGAAUUCUUGGUCUCUGAUUUCGCCAAAUUCGAUCGUCCCAUGCAAUUACAUCUUGCUUUCCAAGCUUUGUCUGGCUUUGUUGAGAAGCAUGGCCGUUAUCCCAAGCCUAGAAAUGAACAAGAUGCCAAUGAAGUGUUUGAGCAAACCAAGGCUUUAGCCGCUUCUGUGGACGAGAAGCCUGAGCUCGAUGAAAAGCUAAUCAAGGAGGUGGCCUACCAAUCUCAGGGUGAACUCUCUCCCAUGGUCGCUGUCUUUGGUGGUUUAGCUGCUCAAGAAGUCUUGAAGAGUGUCAGUGGAAAGUUCAGCCCCAUCCAGCAAUACAUGUACUUUGAUGCACUUGAAGCGCUUCCUACUAGCGUGCUCUUGACCGAAGAAUUGUGUGCUCCUACUGGCUCUCGCUACGAUGGCCAAAUCGCUGUCUUUGGCAAGGUUUUCCAAGAAAAGAUUGCUAAUACCAACGAAUUCCUUGUUGGUGCUGGUGCAAUCGGCUGUGAAAUGCUCAAGAACUGGGCCAUGAUGGGUUUGGGCUCAGGUCCCAAGGGUCAUUUGACCAUCACUGAUAUGGAUACCAUUGAGAAGAGUAACUUGAACAGACAAUUCCUGUUUAGAGCCGGCGAUGUUGGUAAAUUGAAGUCUGAAUGUGCCUCUGCUGCUGUCAGUAAGAUGAACUCUGAUUUGAAUGGCAAGAUCACUAUUCACCAAGAACGUGUGGGCCCUGAGACGGAGAACAUCUACGAUGAUGACUUCUUUGAAGUUUUGGAUGGUGUUACCAACGCUUUGGAUAACGUGGAAGCACGUAAAUACAUGGACAGACGUUGUGUGUACUAUCGCAAACCACUGCUGGAGUCAGGCACUUUGGGUACCAAGGGUAACACACAGGUCAUUAUCCCCUUCUUGACUGAAUCCUACUCUUCCUCUCAAGAUCCCCCAGAGAAGUCUAUUCCUAUCUGUACGCUUAAAAACUUCCCUAACGCCAUUGAACACACCAUCCAAUGGGCCCGUGAUUUGUUUGAGGGCUACUUUAAACAACCUGCUGAUAAUGUCAACCUGUACUUGACUCAACCCAACUUUAUUGAAGCCACUCUCAAGCAAGGCGGUACCAGCAAGGACACUAUUGAAACUGUCUACAACUGCCUCACCACUGACAAACCCAACUCAUUUGCUGAUUGUGUUGCAUGGGCUCGCUUCAAAUUUGAAGAUUUGUUCAGUAACAAUAUCCGUCAACUCUUGUUCAACUUUCCCCCUGAUGCUGUGACAUCUACCGGCCAACGCUUCUGGUCUGGUCCCAAGCGUGCCCCUACCCCUCUCACAUUUGAUGUAGACAACCGUGCUCAUCUCGAUUUCAUCAUUGACGCUGCCAACUUGCACGCUUUCAACUACGGAUUGAAGGAGGAAACCAGUGAUGACUAUUUCCGCAAGGAGCUUGCCAAUAUCAUUGUGCCUGAAUUCAAGCCCAAGGAAGGUGUCAAGAUCCAAGUCCAAGAAAACGAAACUGUGGACAACGAUUCUGGCAGCGAUAGCUUGGAUGAAGUCAUUGCCAACUUGCCUUCUCCUUCCAGUGUAGGCAACUUCCGCUUGCAGCCUGCCGAAUUCGAAAAGGACGAUGACUCCAACCACCACAUUGACUUCAUCACUGCUGCAUCCAACUUGCGUGCCAUGAACUAUGGUAUUACACCUGCUGAUCGCUACAAGACCAAGUUCAUUGCUGGUAAGAUUAUCCCUGCUAUUGCUACUACCACUGCCAUGGUCACUGGUUUGGUCUGUCUUGAACUCUACAAGAUCAUUGACGGCAAGAAGGACUUGGAGCAAUACAAGAACGGCUUUGUCAAUUUGGCACUGCCCUUCUUUGGUUUCUCUGAGCCCAUUGCGGCACCACAAAUUGAAUACAACGGCAUCAAGUUUACCUUGUGGGAUCGUUUCGAUAUUGACAAGGACAUUACAUUGCAAGAGUUCAUUGAUUACUUCCAGAAUGAACACAAGCUGGAAGUGACCAUGGUGUCUUCAGGUGUCUCUAUGCUGUACUCGUUCUUUAUGAACAAGAAGAAGGCCGCUGAGAGACUCAACAUGAAGUUGUCUCAGGUUGUUGAAACUGUUUCCAAGAAGCCUAUUCCUCCUCAUGUCAAGUCGUUGAUCUUUGAAAUCUGUGUGAAUGACGCCGAUGAUGAGGAUGUUGAUGUUCCCUAUGUCAGAGUUAAGAUUAGACCCUAA